GAAACAGUUGAAUCAGAAAGAAGCAGAGGAAUACAAAUGAUGGGAGCAAAGCCAUCUAAAAGGAGGAGUAUGAAGAAGGGAGUCCCACCCAUGGAGGGCAGCGGUGCGCCACUGGGCACUGCCAUGUUAGGGGGCAGUGGUGACGCAGCAGCUGAGGAUGAUGAUGACGAAGAGUUGGGGGAAAAGCGUCCGUUUGAUGAGCCGAUAUGUGCUUUGGUUCAGAACUGUACCGUUUUGCAUAACAUCGUGGGCCCUGCCUGCAUCUUUCUCCGACAGAGCUUCGCUCAGGCUCAACUAGACAGAGAUCUACGGCCAGAGGAAAUUGAAGAGCUUAAGGAAGCCUUCAGAGAGUUUGACAAAGAUAAGGAUGGCUUCAUUAGCUGUAAGGAUCUGGGCGAGUGUAUGAGGACGAUGGGAUACAUGCCCACGGAGAUGGAGCUGAUUGAACUAAGCCAGCAGAUCUGUGGCGGCAGAGUCGACUUUGAGGACUUUGUAGACCUGAUGGGGCCAAAGAUGUUGGCUGAAACAGCAGACAUGAUUGGUGUGAAAGAAUUGAGAGAUGCUUUUAGAGAGUUUGACUCUAAUGGCGAUGGUCAGAUCAGUCUGGCUGAACUGAGAGAAGCUAUGAAAAAGCUAAUGGGAGAGCAGCUUAACCACAGAGAGAUUGAUGAAAUCCUCAGGGAUGUUGACCUCAAUGGAGAUGGGCAGGUUGACUUUGAAGAGUUUGUACGAAUGAUGUCACGCUAACUUCCAGAACAUAGAGACAGAGCGCAGCGCGUCAUAACCUGAAAACCACGCCCACCGGGGGGGAAACAAUCCAACC